AAUAGAGCUUGCGUGCAAGAUCAAUUUACCUUCACCGAUGGCCGUAUCACCUGGCAGAUUUAAGGCUAGGCUGCUCGCUCACAUUAGUCAACAUGUUUCCCUCGUUAGCUCUUGGUUUCCUCGUGGCCGGGAUUACUGCAGUCGCUGCAGCCAGAAGCAGUAGCUGCGUCGGCACAAUCUCAUCCUUGGACGACAUUAGCAGUGCUAUCCAAUGCACGACGGUAAAUAUUAAUGCGUUCACCGUCCCUGGUGGAAAAACGUUCGAACUGCAGCUGCUGGACGGUACCACUGUCAAUGUUUUGGGCGAGAUUCAGUUCGGGAAUUUGAGCUGGUCCGGUCCCCUAUUCCGGGUGAUAGGGAAUGACGUUACCUUCAAUGGAAACAACCAGAGGUGGGAUGGUGGAGGCCCUUUUUACUGGGACGGUCAAGGUGCCAGUAUCACAACACCACACCCAAUGAUGCAAAUAUCGAUCUCGGGCACAUUGAACGACGUUUAUGUUGUAAACUCUCCCUCCUCCGCCUUUGCGAUCACAAAUUCAGGACCUCUCACUAUCUCUGGCGUCACUGUCGAUGAUUUGCAGGGUAACUAUCCCAACUCGCGAAGCGUAAACGCCGCUGCUGCACACAACACCGACGGCUUUGAUGUCAGCGGUAGUGAUUUGCUCAUUCAAAAUUGCACUGUCCUCAAUCAGGACGAUUGUUUAGCUAUCAAUGGGGGAACGAAUAUCACAUUUGCCGAUAACUACUGUGCAUACGGUCACGGUAUCUCCAUUGGCUCCAUCUCGUCAAAUGCCGUCGUCUCCGAUAUCGAGAUUAUCGGAAACCAUGUUGUUAGCAGUGCAUACUCGUUCCGUAUCAAGACCGAUAAAUCUGCGACAAACAGUGUAGUGAAGAAUGUUACGUAUAGCGACAAUACUGCAACCAACUGUACCGGUUUUGGCGUUCUGAUCACCCAGAGCUAUCCCUCCAACCUGGGUACCCCAGGCAACGGGGUCACCAUCUCUGAUAUCAAUUUCAACCAUGGGACCACUUCGUUGACGGCCAACAAGGGUGCUUCCAGGGUUGCAGUGAACUGUGGAAGUGGAUCGUGCACAGGUGUCUGGGAUUGGUCUGGUUUGCAGACAAGUGGCGGUAAAGCUGGAUCGAUCAUCGACAAUAAUGUCAUUGCUGGAUUCGUUGACACACAGUGAGGUGACCCACCGUGUAUUGAUAUAUACACUGGCUAUUACUUCUCCUGUCGCUCUUGCUUGUUGGAACUAUAUGGUGAUUCACCAUCACUCAACCACCGUUAUAUAAAGUAGACUCGUAUUGACUUAGACUAGACUCACCACACUCGAAGUUGUUCUAGUGACCUGGCGCUUAGCUUCCUUGUGGUCAAAACAACAUACAGAUAUCGCUCUUUUUCUUACACUUUUCUUACACUGUCGUUUAUGAUAUACCUACACUUACAAACAUGGCCUUGGACUCUGGAGAAAGUUGAUCAAACAUACCUACCA